AUGAAGGCCAACACUCAACACUUGCCAGAUCUAGAGAGCAUACUAUUGGCAUUCAAACCUUACUUCCCAACCCAGAACGAUCUCCUCCACCGGCUGUUCUCUCCUGAAAUAUACCUUUCCAAUGCCGCCACUGCAUACCGCGACCCCAUCGCCCAAUGGCUUGAGCCACUCUUUUGCCUUUGCAAGUAUCAAUAUCCAAAACACCUUUGCUUGGUACAACAGCAAACCUCCCUGUUUGGAAAUCUAUAUCCGUCAUUGAGACACUUUGUUCAGCUGGUGAUGUUAUGCAAGAUGUUGAACCGUGGAUCAUUCCCACAAUUAUUGGAAACGGACGACAUCAAAAACUUGCUCUUUCUCUCCACUGGACACGCACACAUAAUCCCAUUCUUGAUGGAUGGUGUGCUCAAGUCAACACCAAGGUGCGUCUUCUUUGAACACCUGUGCAAGUUCUCUGACUCGCUGGAGCCCAUAAUUGUGGGUUACCACUACCAUCUGCCAUCCACUAUUCCACCAAUAAGCCUAUCAAGGCUUACUGCCCAUCACUGGUACUACCGCCUCAAGUCUGCUGCAUGGAGAGGCGACUUGGAGUCACUAACGAGGAUAAUGAACCUUCAGAAGCAGGAGCAGCACACCAGUUUGGACCAAUCAAUAAUGGAUGAGCUUGUUGGAAUAGCCAUAGUCAACGAAAGGACCAACAUAUUGAAGUAUUUGGUUGACAUUUGUUGCACAGAGGUCAGCAAGGAAAACAUGGAAUAUGUUGGCACUUCAAUUGCUUCCAAUUAUUGCUAG